CGGAGAAGGAAUUAAGAGAAUUACGGAAAAUUCUAGUAGUGAAAAAAGGAGAAAGAUGUCGAUAUCUCCAGUGAGACCCAGAGCAGGGAACGUGAAGUCACGAUCGGGACUCUUGAAGAAAAACGGACAAGGUGCUGUGCGGGACCACGUCGUCGUCUCCUCUGAUGACGAUAGCAAGAGCAGAGAUGCUGCUGUCCAGAAUUUGAGCAGCAGAUUCGACUCUCCGGGUGGUUCGAAACCAAGUGAGUUAACUGAACUGAAGGAUCUGUUGAAGGCCGUACUGGCUGAAAAAGGCCAAGGAGUAGGAAAUGUCGGGCCUUCGUUCGGAAGCAACGCAGAAGGUAGGAAGGAGGGUGGACAGACAAAUGGUGUGGCGAAAGACGCAGGUAAGGAGAAGGAGUUGGUUAAGGAAAAGGAUUGUGGUGGCGAUGAAGAAUCUAUGGGACUGUACUACAAGGACAGGGUGGUCCACAAUGAUUCGCUGCACUAUACGGAGGUGCAACUGCUCUGCAAAAGCAGAGGUCUCACAUACAAGCAGAAGGAAGCUGGCGUUUGGGAAUUGGCCCGUCUGGACUUUGAAGAAUACAGGGCAUCUAUGAAAGGAGAGGAUGAGGAAAGCAAAGUAGAAGAGAAGAGCGAAGAUGAAGAGGAGAAGGAGGAAAGCAGUUCAGAAUCAGAUCAUGACUCAGAGGCAGCCGUCAAGGGAAACUAAUGCAGGCUUCUAAGCGUUCCCUGCUACGUGCUUGCAGGAAACUGGCGGACCUGAUUAGGACACAUGGGUCACUUAUUGAGAAGGAAGCAAGAUCUAUGCAAAAAUUACUUGUCUUAAUGCUGUGUUUGAGAGGUGAAAUAAAAUGGGGGCGGACAUAUGUAAAAUUUUGGAAAGAUAUGAACAGGGGUGAUUGGAAUGCACUUUUAACAGGUGGUAAUUGUGUAUAUCUACUGAUCUCACCUUUCUUUAAGCUUACCUAUGUUGGCAAGACAGAGAGGGGGCUACAAACGAGAUGGCAAGAGCAUGUGCGCUUAUCUAACACUGUGGAUUCUGCCCCGAGGCAGAAAGUGCAUCGAUGGAUGAAUAAAGUUGGCUCUCAGUG